GCCGCGCUCGGGUACCAGGAGGACGGUCUCCGCCGGCUCCUCAGCCCGCGGCUCGGGACCGCCUGGGUCCUCAGCAUCCUCCCUGGUCCUCAGCAUCCUUCCCCGGUCCUCAGCAUCCUUCCCCGGUCCUCAGCAUCCUUCCCCGGUCCUCAGCAUCCUUCCGCUCCCGAGAAGCACCCCCCCCCCCCGGGCCCAGUCCCCACCCCCUCACGCCCCACCCGCGGGAAGGAGGCCUCGGGAAUUCAGGGGAGUGGCUGUGGGGGUGCUCGGCCAGCCCCUCUUGCAAGACAUGGUCUGAUCCCCAUUGUACACGCUGCGCCCCAAGAGGAGGAGAGCGAGGUGCUCCAGGCGCGGGGCUGCAGGAUCCCUUGGGGCUGAAGCUCUAGCAUUAUUUUAGGGUGGGGCGGGGAGGAGGACCCCAGGAAGGGAAAGGACUCUGUUUGGAGAGUAGGGGAGAGACUAUGGGGAAGGACCAGGAGCUGCUGGAAGCUGCUCGCACUGGAAAUGUGGCUUUGGUGGAGAAACUCCUAUCUGGCAGGAAAGGAGGGAUCCUGGGCGGUGGAUCCGGACCCUUGCCCCUGUCCAAUCUACUAAGUAUCUGGCGAGGCCCCAAUGUGAACUGCACGGACAGCUCGGGUUACACUGCUUUACACCACGCAGCCUUAAAUGGACAUAAGGACAUAGUUCUCAAACUACUUCAAUAUGAGGCAUCAACAAAUGUAGCAGACAACAAGGGUUAUUUUCCCAUUCAUCUGGCUGCCUGGAAAGGAGACGUGGAGAUUGUGAAGAUUCUUAUCCAUCAUGGACCUUCCCACUCCAGAGUGAAUGAACAGCAGAACAACGAGAACGAAACGGCCCUCCACUGUGCGGCACAGUAUGGACACUCAGAAGUGGUCGCGGUUCUCCUGGAAGAGCUCACUGACCCGACCAUUCGCAACAGCAAGCUCGAGACACCGCUGGACCUGGCUGCCCUCUAUGGAAGGCUGAGGGUGGUCAAAAUGAUCAUCAGUGCGCACCCCAACUUGAUGAGCUGCAACACCCGCAAGCAUACGCCGCUUCACCUUGCUGCCCGCAACGGCCACAAAGCCGUGGUGCAGGUGCUGCUGGAGGCGGGCAUGGAUGUGAGCUGUCAAACAGAAAAAGGGAGCGCCCUUCAUGAAGCAGCUUUGUUUGGGAAGGUGGAUGUGGUGCAAGUGCUGUUAGAAACAGGGAUUGAUGCCAACAUAAAGGACAGCUUGGGCAGAACUGUCCUGGACAUUCUGAAGGAACAUCCAUCUCAGAAGUCUCUUCAGAUUGCAACACUCUUACAGGAAUAUUUAGAAGGCGUGGGAAGGCCGGCUGCCCUGGAUGAGUGUGUGCAGGAAGACAGCCCAGCAGAACCACAGACGCACCUUUCAUCUCCUGCUGAGUCUCCUUCCCAAAAGACCAAAGGUGAAACUGUGACUGGAGAGCUGUCAAAACUCUUGGAUGAAAUAAAACUCUGUCAAGAAAAGGAUUAUUCAUUUGAAGACUUGUGCCACACGAUUUCAGACCACUACUUAGAUGAUUUGAGCAAGAUUUCAGAGGAAGAACUUGGGAAAAACGGAAGCCAGAGUGUAAGAACUUCAUCUACAAUAAAUUUGUCACCAGGAGAAGUGGAAGAGGAAGAUGAUGUUGAAAAUACUUGUGGGCCCACGGGACUCUGGGAAGCAUUAACUCCUUGUAACGGAUGUAGGAACCUUGGCUUCCCCAUGCUUGCACAGGAGUCCUAUCCAAAAAAGAGGAAUUUCACUAUGGAAAUCAUACCAUCUGCUUCUCUGGAUACAUUUCCUUCAGAAAACGAGAACUUUCUAUGUGAUCUCAUGGAUACAGCUGUUACGAAGAAACCUUGCUCCUUGGAAAUUGCGAGAGCACCUUCCCCAAGAACUGAUAAUGCCUCUGAGGUAGCAAUUACUGCUCCAGGAACUAGUAACCAUAGAAACAGCUCAACCGGCCCAACACCUGACUGCUCACCUCCAUCCCCUGACACUGCCCUAAAAAAUAUUGUAAAAGUUAUUCGACCCCAGCCAAAACAACGGACAUCCAUCGUAUCUUCUCUGGAUUUUCAACGAAUGAAUCACAACCAGGAGUACUUCGAAAUCAGCACGUCUACAGGGUGCACCAGUUUCACUUCCAGCCCUCCCGUCAGUCCACCCACCUCUUCUGUAGAACCCACAGAAGCCAAGAACGAAGGAACUGAGCACACAGAUGACUUCUCUCGACAGGAAGACAAUGAUCCCCCCAAACAAUACGAUCCUGGGCAAUUUGCAGGCCUUCUCCAUGGAUCCUCUCCAGCCUGUGAGUCUCCUGAAAAUCCAUUUCAACUCUAUGGGAAGAGAGGUCAAGGUGAAGAAGAACAAGAGGAAAUCAGUCUGGCCAACAGUCCUUUGCCUUUCAAGCAGACUCCAGUAGAAAAUAACCCAGAACCUGUGGUAAAGAAAAUUAAACCCAAAGUGGUCAGUAGAACAAUUUUUCACAAAAGAAGCACCCAACUUGAGAAUCACACCAUUGUUGGCACAAGAACCUCCAGGAGCGGAUCCCGGAGUGGGGACCAGUGGAUUGUGAAUACAGGGGGAUUUGUGGAGAGAGCUUGUACUCUGGGGAGAAUCAGGUCAUUGCCUAAAGCCCUGAUUGACAUGCAUUUGUCCAAAAAUGUCUCUAAAUCAGACUCUGAUCUCAUUGCCUACCCUUCAAAGGAGAAAGCGGCAAGAGUUAAUUGGAGUGAGUCCUCAACUGCUGAACACAGCUCUAAAGAGAAUUCUGAAAGAACUCCAUCUUUCACAUCUGAGUGGGAAGAAAUUGACAAAAUCAUGAAUUCCAUUGAUGUUGGGAUCAACAGUGAACUUGAAGAGAUGAAUGGAGAAACUGCAAGACCCAGAUGCCCGGUCCAAACAGUGGGACAAUGGUUGGAAAGCAUUGGGCUACCUCAGUACGAGAACCACCUGAUGGCUAAUGGAUUUGACAAUGUGCAGUUUAUGGGAAGCAAUGUUAUGGAAGAUCAGGAUUUGUUGGAAAUUGGAAUCCUUAAUUCUGGACACAGACAGAGAAUUCUACAGGCAAUCCAGCUCCUUCCAAAGAUGAGGCCCAUUGGUCAUGAUGGCUACCAUCCCACCUCUGUCGCUGAGUGGCUGGAUUCCAUUGAGCUGGGUGACUACACCAAAGCCUUUCUAAUUAAUGGCUACACGUCGAUGGACCUGUUGAAAAAGAUUUGGGAGGUUGAGCUUAUUAAUGUUUUAAAAAUCAAUUUGAUUGGCCACAGGAAACGCAUUUUGGCAUCACUGGGAGACAGACUGCACGACGACCCUCCACAGAAGCCCCCUCGAUCCAUCACCCUCAGGGAACCCAGUGGUAAUCACACUCCUCCUCAGUUGUCUCCAUCACUUAGCCAAAGCACUUACACCACUGGUGGCUCCCUAGACGUCCCUCACAUUAUCAUGCAGGGCGAUGCCAGGAGGAGAAGAAAUGACAACUACUUUGAUGAUAUUCCCCGAUCAAAACUGGAGAGGCAGAUGGCCCAGGCACUCAGUACCGCACACUGCACAGAGAAAGCUGCUGACACAGAGCCUGACCUGUUCACGGUUUCCCGAGAGUCGCAGUCGUCUGUCUGUGAAAUAUGGACGAAUCAGAACGCAGGAUUUCCUUUCUCAGCGCUCCAUCAGGUUCAUAAUACAGGAGACUGGGGAGAACCUUCCAUUACCUUGCGACCUCCCAAUGAAGCCACAGCCUCAACUCCGGUACAGUACUGGCAACACCACCCGGAGAAGCUCAUCUUUCAGUCCUGUGACUACAAAGCUUUUUAUUUAGGUUCUAUGCUGAUAAAAGAGCUCAGGGGGACAGAAUCUACCCAAGAUGCUUGUGCAAAAAUGCGGGCUAACUGUCAGAAGUCUACAGAGCAAAUGAAGAAAGUCCCUACUAUUAUUCUUUCCGUCUCAUAUAAAGGAGUCAAAUUUAUUGAUGCAACAAAUAAGAAUAUAAUUGCUGAGCAUGAAAUCCGUAACAUCUCCUGCGCUGCCCAAGACCCAGAAGACCUCUCGACGUUUGCUUAUAUCACAAAAGAUCUGAAGUCCAAUCACCACUACUGUCAUGUGUUUACUGCCUUCGAUGUGAAUUUAGCCUAUGAAAUCAUCCUAACACUGGGACAGGCAUUUGAGGUCGCUUACCAGCUAGCACUACAAGCAAGGAAAGGAGGACACUCCUCCACGCUUCCAGAAAGCUUUGAAAACAAGCCCUCCAAACCUAUCCCCAAGCCCCGCGUUAGCAUCCGCAAGUCAGUGGCUCUGACAUCCUGUCCCAACAGGCUCCUAUGACUUCAAAGCGGCCUCCUCUGGUAGUAGCAACACCCAAAGCUGGAAGGUUCCCAACCAGCCUCCCAUCUGCUUUCUGCUCCAGCUGCCAUCCUGCAUCCUAGAAACCCCAAGACUGGCACCGGGUGGGCCCCAGGAUGCAUUGCCCUCUCACCCCCUCAUCCCUUCCAUCUGCCAUUCUCUGCUCCUCUCAGCGGCCCCCGGGCCCAGUGUCUUGAGGGACUAGACAUUUUUUACCUCUGCAGAAAAGUACACUUCCCUUGGUGACUUGGUGACUUCAUGGCUUCUUACUUUUAACUUUUGUUUUGGCCCAACUCCUGUCUCCAUUCUUGGUGACUUCAGCUCCCACAGAAAUGAACCCUUGUACACUGGCCUCUUUAUCCCUACAGUUUGCUCCUAUAUCCCAGGAGGGAACUUCUCUGCCCUGACUGGUUGUCACCAGUGGCUCCACCACCUCUGAGAAUCUUUACGUCAGACCCCACACUCAGCCCCUCAGUACUUGCCCAGCCCAUGGCCCCCAGUUCUCUCUCCAGCCCCAGAACUCAAGAGGUGAGGCCCACGUGCCGUUUGUCCUCACACUUUUCCACCUUCACGGUUAGCGGACCACUGAAACCUGCUUUUCUCUCCAUCUUCUCAGCUCAGUAAACACCACCGGCCACCAUGCUGCUCAACCCAAAACCCUACAAGUCAGUUUGAGUCCUGUCUUGUCCACACCUCUGUAUCCAACCAAUGAGCAAAGCCCCUUCCCUGUGCUCCCCCAAAACACACUUCUGCUCACUGCUCUCCAUUCCUUUCCUAGUUCAUGUGCACGUAGCACACACCUCCCGGUGAUUUCCUUUUUCCACGCGGGAGAGAUCAAAUCAUAACACCCCAUCCUAAUUUCUUCAUAACACCCAAACCUAAUUUCUUACCACAUUUCUUGGUGCCCAGGCCUCACCAUUCCUUGAAUAUGCAAUGAUCACUCCAACGUGAAGCUGUUAUACCAUCUCUCCCCUCCACAUGGAAUGCUGUUUCCCUGAAUUCUGCAUGGCUCACACCCUGGUAUGGCUCAGGCCUCAGCUGUACGGAGUCUUUUCCAUACCAGGGUAGAUAUACCAAGUUCCAUUAGCAUAUUCCUCCCCCCCCACACACACACACACUUUUAAUUCUGUGUAGUUUUUUUUUUUUUUUAUUUUGCUCACCACUUGUUACUGCCUGUCUCCACAAAAGUACAAGCUUUCUGUAUACAGGAACCUGCUGUGAUAUCACCCGUGAGCCAAGCCCAUAGCAGGCAUUCAGCAAGUAUCUGUGGUUGAAGGAAUAAGGGGGUGAGGGUGGAUUUAACAAAUGUGUCUUUGAGAACAAUUAGGCUGUUACGGUGUCCGGGAAUGCACAGCCUGUUUGGGGGAUCGUCCCUUAGACUACUAUAUUCCCUCCUGUGUGGGCUGCAUAGUCUGUUCACCGCAGGUGCCUCCGUCCAACUUUACCGUGGUCCCAGUAGACUUCUUCCAGAAGAGUACAAAGGGUUGGGUGCCAUAUGGGCUCAUAGAAUAUUCAUCUAGACUCCUUCACUGGGAAACAGGAAAAUAGACAGUGAAUAAUACUGAUGUUUUUUACCUGCCUCAGGAUCAGGCCUCCUCAACCGGCAUCAGUGUUCCCUUUCCGCUCAGCUCUGGUUGUUUAUUGUUAGGAAUUACACAGGUACCUUAAGAUUGUGUGGAGCCCCCCCCCCAACCUUGUGGAAACACAAACAGAAGGAAACUAAAAGGCCCAGUUCCUGCAGCCUUCCAGCAGGCUGGGCGGCUAAUGCCUCCAGACUAGGGAAGCCUCUGGAAGCUACCUGCCCCAGGCACUGGAGCAGCAAGCACACAGGGCUGGACUGGCAAGCCGUGGAUGAGGCAGUGUCAGGGGCAGAUCCUGUCCUGCGGGCACACACUCCUUCAGAGCUCAGGGUUCAGCUGCUGCCCAGGGAAUGACCUAAGUGGCUUUGUACGCACAGAAACUCAUCCAUUUGAGAGCAAGGCAGGAUCUGCCCAGGUCCAACCUGAAAGGCUCCUGCUAAACCGCUUCAGCCUUGGCCAAGCCUCCUCCAUCUCCCACUCAGCUUCGUGGGCAUCUAUAGUUGGUGGGUGUGAGCAAGAGGUGGUCUAAGUAUUAGGAAUAGAGCAGAAGAGGGGAGCAGAAAAGGUGUGGUGUGUCAGAUGCAGCUUUCUAGGAGACGAAGUGUUGGGGCCAAGACCCUGGGCUGUCAGCGCCCAUGAUGUGGGCAGGGGGCCUGGGCGUGGAUUGGUGCACAGAAAGGCGCAGCACGAAGUUGUGUCCA